AUAAAUUAGGUAAAUUUGCUUUUAUAUCUCACUCUCUCUCUCUAGACUUCCCCUGUUUCAGUAAUCCUUCUAAAGAAGUAAAGAACUUAUUGCUUUUUUCCAAUUUCUAUACCUACUCCAUUCAUAAAUUGAAAUCCCAAUCUCUCUUUCUUGUCAACAAUUUGAGCUAAAGAUGAGAUCUUUAAUCGGAAUCCUCACAUUAUUCAUGAUGGGUGUUGAUUUAGUGAAUGGAAUUGGAGCAAACUGGGGAAAUCAAGCAACUCAUCCUCUGCCGCCGGCGACUGUCGUGAAGCUGUUGAAAGAUAAUGGAUUUGAUAAAGUCAAACUAUUUGAUGCUGAUUCAACCACUUUGAAAGCUUUAAGUGGUUCAGGAAUUCAAGUUAUGGUUGGAAUUCCUAAUGAAAUGUUAAACAAUCUUGCUAAUAAUCUUAAUGAUGCUGAAAAAUGGGUUCAGAAAAACGUUUCUGUUCAUAUCUCAUCAAAUAAAGUUGAUAUCAGACACGUAGCCGUGGGUAAUGAACCGUUCUUAUCAACAUACAACGGUAGCUAUCUCGACAUAACAUUACCGGCAAUGCAAAACAUUCAAGCGGCGUUAAUAAAAGCCGGUUUAUCAAAUCAAGUGAAAGUAACGGUACCCUUAAACGCCGACGUUUAUCAAUCGUCGACAACUCUACCUUCCACCGGCGAUUUCCGCGCCGACAUUCGUACCCGUAUGCUUGAAAUCGUCAAGUUUUUAUCCGACAAUGGAGGUUCCUUUACCGUCAACAUCUACCCAUUCAUUAGUCUCUACAACGACCCCAAUUUCCCGAUGGAAUACGCGUUUUUCGGGGACUAUUCAUCUCCAAUCAACGACAACGGUAGGGUAUACCAAAAUGUUUUCGACGCCAAUUACGAUACUUUAGUAUGGGCACUUCAGAAAAACGGGUUUGGAAAUUUAUCGAUAAUAGUUGGCGAGAUAGGUUGGCCGACGGAUGGUGAUCGGAGUGCGAAUCUACAAUUUGCUGAAAAAUUCAACCAGGGGUUAAUCACACAUAUAACAGCAGGAACCCCGAUGAGACCAGGUCUGGUUGAUGCUUAUUUAUUCAGCUUAAUUGAUGAGGAUGCGAAGAGUAUUCAACCCGGGAAUUUCGAAAGACAUUGGGGGGUUUUCUAUUACGAUGGUUUGCCGAAGUAUAAUUUGAGUAUUAGUAACGGAGGAGGUGGAUUGGUGGCGGCGAGUGGAGUUGAGUAUUUGAGUAAGAAAUGGUGUGUUUUAGCGAGUUGGGGAAGUUUGGAUAAUCCAAAAUUGGCUGAUAGUGUUGAUUAUGCUUGUAGUAAAGCUGAUUGUACUAGUCUUGGUUAUACUUGUGGGAAUCUUGAUUCGAGAGGGAAUGUUUCUUAUGCGUUUAAUAGUUAUUAUCAACAGAAUAAUCAGUUGGCGAGUGCUUGUCAAUUUCCGAAUUUGUCGGUCGUGACUACUAGUGAUCCGUCUAGUGGUGGUUGUAAGUUUAGUCUUAUGAUUAAGACGGUGGAUGAUUCUGAGUCGAGUACUAGCGGUGGUGGUGGUGGCGGUGGUGGUGAUGGAAGUGGUGGUGUUGGGUUGGAGAAGCCGGUGGUUAUGGUUUUGAGUAUUUUGAUGUUGUUUGUGACAUUUGUGUGAUGAUGUUGUUUUUGGAAGAAAAUAUGUUUAUUUGAGAAUUUUAAGAUAGUGUUUAGAUUAUGUAUUU